GGGAGAAGGGCUUCGACCAGGCGCCCGUGGUGGACAAGGCAGGGGUGAUCCUGGGAAUGGUGACGCUGGGGAACAUGCUGUCGUCCCUGCUUGCUGGGAAGGUGCAGCCAUCAGACCAAGUUGGCAAAGUCAUCUACAAGCAGUUCAAGCAGAUCCACCUGACGGACACGCUGGGCAGACUCGCACACAUCCUGGAGACGGACCACUUCGCCCUGGUGGUGCAUGAGCAGAUCCAGUACCACAGCCCCGAGAAGUCCAGUCUUCGGCAGAUGGUGUUCGGGGUGGUCACCGCCAUUGACUUGCUGAACUUCGUGGCGGCCCAGGAGCGGGACCGGAAGUGAAGUCUGGAGUGCGGAGCUGCCCCGGCACCUUCUCCCGCUUCACCUUCACUUUCCUGAGCCCUAAACACACACGAGAUUGGGAACUGCCUGGCCUGACCCCCAUUAUCGCUGCAGACGGCAUGGAGCAUGGGUUUCCCUUCAUUAACACGAGGCUUCCUAAAUGGGCCUGUGUAUGUGCUAUGAGAUGAAAUGCGCUUUUCUCUGAUGUAACUUGCUUUUAGGAUGUUUCGCCAAGGCAGUACUGAGAGAAGUCGGCCAGGUGGGAUGGACACAGGCAGUUUCUGGGCAGAGCAGAUUAAA